UCUCUCUCUCUUAUUUCUCUCUCUAACUCAUCCCAUUUAUAAAUUACACUCUUCCUUCGUCGUCUCUCACUCCAAAUCUUCCGUUCUUCUCCAAAUCCUCUGUUUCUUCAAUGGCGGAGUCUGGUUUUGAAGGCUUUGAAAAGCGUUUAGAGCUUCAUUUCACUGGGAAUGAACCGAUUAUCCACAUGGGUCUGCGGCAAAUUGACUUGAGUUCCCUUGAACAAAUCCUCCGAACCGUUCAUUGCUCGAUCGUCUCCUCUGUUGGAAAUCACUUCUUCGACGCUUACGUCUUAUCGGAAUCAAGCCUCUUCAUCUACCCAACUAAAAUCAUAAUCAAAACUUGUGGUACUACUCAGCUCCUCAAAUCCAUUUUUCCUUUCCUUCAUCAAGCUCGAAGUCUCGGCCUCACACUCUCUUCUUGCCGUUACACCAGAGGCAAUUUCAUUUUCCCCAAAUCUCAACCAUUCCCACAUUCGAGCUUCAAGGAAGAACUUCUUUACUUAGAAGAAUCGCUCCCCGAAAACCUCCAUUACCGGAAAGCCUCCGUUAUCCCUUCGAAUCUCCCUUCACAUUCAUGGCAUGUGUUCACUGCUGCCGACGAUGCCGCUUUGAUUCACCGAAAUCCGGAAUUUCUUUACACCGUUGAAAUUUGUAUGACAGAGCUCGACCGGAUUCUCGCUCGGAAAUUCUACUUCCGCUCCGGAGAUGGAAAAGCUGGAAAUUCAAUCGGAAAGGAGAUGACCAAUUUGACUGGAAUCGGGGAUAUUAAUCCGAGUGGUUUGGUUUGUGAAUUUGCGUUUUUUCCUUGUGGGUAUUCGAUGAAUGGAAUCGAUGGGGAUCGGUAUUCCACAAUUCAUGUGACGCCGGAGGAUGGGUUUAGUUACGCGAGUUUUGAGUGUGUCGGGUCGGUUUACGAUGAUCCAGACGAUUUGGUUCGAAUGUUGAAGAAGGUUGUGCAGAUUUUUCGGCCGGCAGCGAUGUCCGUGGCCACCACCGGGGCCAGUCACGAGGUUUGGGCCCUCGUCGCCGGUGCUCUCGAUCCCCUCGGAUUGAAGUGUCGGAGUUGUGCCGUGGACGAGUUCCCGUCAGCUGGAAGUGUAGUGUUUCAGACCUUCACGGCUCGCCGGAAAUAGACCGCGGCUGUUGCGGAAGUAGAUAAUAGGUGAAAAGUUUUGAGGGAGUGAAACUAUAGGGGGAUAAAACGGACGUGGCGGUGACGUGGACAUUGGAAUUGACUUACGUGGAGGUAUGUUUGAUGAAAAUGAAGGGCUGGAUGGAGCCUAAAUCAUUCCAGCUGUGUGGGAAGAGAAGGGAUGGUCCAUACUUAGCUUACGUGGAAAUUUUACCUCAUUCUUUUUCAUUUUCCUUUGUAGUUUGAAUGGUUUAUUUUGUCUAUUACUAUUUAUUACCUUAUCUUAGAAUAUAUUACCAAAAGAAUUAUAUUUUAAAAUAUUUUAAUUUUAAUACAAA